AUGUCCCAUCUCUUUCCACCGUCAUCACCUGUUGCUGAUAAAUCUUUAGAAAGUCCACAAAAGGGAAUUGGUAAGCUUCCUAAUGCCUCUGUAUUAACUUUAGGAAGAAAGCGGUCUAUUUGCGAACCGGAAGAGUAUCCUACUCCAGAUCCAUCGUCUAGCAUCGGAAGGCACUCUUCGCCGGUGAAAGAAAUAACUUCACAUUUAGAUGAAGCCGGUUCCACCUAUGCCCUAUCAUCUCCUUCAAAACAAGGAAAGAAGCUUGCAGACCCUAUCAAGAUUGAGUUAGAUCCAUCGGAUCCCUCUCGUUUAGCCAUCGGCAGAAAGAAAUCAGUUUGCAAUGUUAUUUUGCCAUGUAGAAAAAAUAUCUCUAGGCAACACGCUUUCAUUUCAUAUGUCGCCGACAGAAACGAAAUAAAAUUGGAAUGUAAUGGAACUAAUGGAUUGUCCGUCCACUUGCCUUGUUCCGUGCAAUUGUAUUUGAUAAAGCCCUUCCAAACAAGGAACUUUUAUAAGCUAAUGACAGAAGAGCCUUUGACUCCGCAAAAUGCUAAACUAUCGCAUGCGAAAAUUCUUCAAAAGAACCAAAACUUCAUCAGUUUUGUCCUGGCUAAGGGUGAAACUGUAACAUUCCCCUAUAUCCAAGGAACUCUGGUAAAUUUUACAGGUGCUACUGUCUGUCUCUCGCUGAAAGAAAUAGCACGCUUUUCUGAAGAUGGCAACAUUAACUUCAACGAAGAGAACUCAACAGAAACAGAGGAUGAGCUGUGUCUAUUAACAACAAAGAGUGAUGAUUUUCCUUGGCAAGAGGAAACACCUUCGAUGAAGUUUGUCCCAGUUGAGCAUUCGCCUCGUACAGAACAGAUCUCUAAACCAUUACUUAUUGCGUCUCCUAUUCUUGUGAAAAAUUCCCCCAUUAGUCAUAGAACAACACCUCAAACAUCUUUCGUUAUUAAUCAGCCUUCAACUCCAAGAAAACUGAAGCGCAAAUCAAUUUCAUUGAAAAAUAACACUAUACAGGAGACACCACUUCCUAAAGAUAAAGGAAUUGGAACGUCAAGUGCCAGCACUAGGAGGGACAGUAUCAUUGAACAACAAACCCUCAACGUAGUUGCAAAAAAAACUAACGAGCUAUCUUCAGUAACCACAAAUGUGCCUCCUCCAUGUAAACGUUUUAAGACUUCAUUGAAUAGUAAUCCCGAAAUUUUUCGGUCGCUCACAGAAAGAGGAAUUCGGUGUGAUGACUUAGUUCAUGUACUGUGCAAUCAUCUUGCAUUUUCCAACCUUCAACAAACUCCUUUAUCCCAAUUACAAAACAUCAAUUCCAACACUUCCCAAUUAAGCAAAGAUGAGCUAAGGAGGGUAUUGGAAGCUAUUUCUUGCAUUGGUAUUAUUGUACGUGCGGGAAAAGAUGCAUCUGGCAAGGCUUUAGAAGAUGAGUAUUACUAUGAUGUUGAAAACGAUGAUAGCGAUGAGAGGAAGAUUUUGUAUAAUUCGUUGAGGGGUAGGAGUCGGUUAAGGUCAUGCAGAAAGAAACAUAAACAAUAUUUCUGGAAGAAACCAACUAAAUGA